CAAGAAACAGACAGGACAAUUUUCAAUAGAAAUCGACAUUUGAUUUGAAUGAUCAUAUACUCGUUAGCAAAAUAUCGGAACUGGAAGGUUUAAAAUGUGACAUCUUUGGAGCACAGUUUCGAUAUUGAACCGAGAUGGAAAGUUUGUCUCUUCGGAGCAGUGGACACAGAGAUUCCUUUACACUUCCUGAUGGAGAGCAGGGAUCACAUUUGUUUCAGGUUUUUACGGGAAGAGGGUGCAGAUGUUCCGCUGAGGAUUUGCAGCGUUUUCAGGAGUCCAGAACCGGAGAACAAAGAGAAAUGGCACAAGAUGUCCUACAAGUCAGAGAAAACAUGCCUGCUAGCUCCGCAGGAGUGCCGGACAUCAUGUGGUUUCCACACAGCUGAUGCAAAAUUUGAAAUCCCUGGAUUGGGAGAGGACAGCGUUUUAGAGAUGCUGAGCUACUCCAAAUUCUCUGAUCUGGAGACGUGGCUGUGUAUGCCCUCUACACUGCUACCCCGGAGCCGGGAUUCAGUUUGUUCCAUGUCGCCACCAUCCCAUGAGAGUAACACCGUAAACACAGACAAGGAAUCCAGGCCCAUGGAGAAGGAGUCUAUCCAUCUGAGCCAAUGCCAGGAGAGGAGAACCCAUGUAUUGCCACCCUCUCCGCUCCUGCCAGCUUCAGCCUCCCCUCAGUCCUCGGCACCCCUGCGGACCACCUCAGCUCCUCUGCCCAAGCCCACCAGGGACUCCUGUCAAGGCGGCGUGAGUGUGCGGAAACGGCGGCGCCUGGCAGCCAGCCCCGGAGGACUGCACUGGGACGCAUCAGGGUCAGUGCUGCGUGACCGAGGCGAGACAUUGUCACUGUCGGAAGUGAAGCACUUCCCUCGGAGUGUGGAUUCAGAGAGCCCCAUCCCAGGGCUGUGGAGGGAAAGAGCGGCUCUUAGGAAAACCGUAUCUGUUGAUGACCGCUUUCUGCAGCAGACACCCCAAGAACAUCACAGACUCCUCAGCCGACUGGAAAGGGGCAAGAAGAAACUCCGAAACAUCCAUACUCUGGGAGCCACUGGCAGAUACGAAACCCAUAAAAAAUCUGAGAGCAAGAUCUCACGAUUGGCUCAGAGACUCAACCAGAGGCAGAGCGAUGCUGCACUAAUUAAGGAUUUCAAACCUCUAUUUCUCCUCACUGGCUCACCAGGCAGCUCCCAGAGCUUGGAUAGGAACUUCUCCGUUAGUAUGACGCAACAAAUGCAGAACCUGCAGCUUACCCAGAGUAAGAAGGGGGCGGGGCCUGCCUCCCCCAGCGCUGCUAAGCGUAUCUACCGCAAUCUCUCUGAAAAGUUCAAAGGAAGCCACUCCUCCUUCGAGGAUGUCUACUUUUUCGGCCGAUCCGAUCGUAUUCGCAAAGUGUCUAACAUUCAGGGCAGCGAGGUUCUGUUCGAGGCUGUUGAACAGCAGGAUCUGGAUGCCGUGCAGAUCCUGCUGUUUCAGUUCACAGCCGAUGAACUGGACCUCAACACCCCCAACAGUGAAGGCCUGACGCCGCUGGACAUCUCUAUCAUGACCAACAACGUCCCCAUAGCCAAACUGCUGCUCAGAGCCGGAGGGAAAGAGAGUCCACACUUUGUCAGUCUAGAGAGCAGAGAUGCCCAUCUCUCAGCACUGGUGCAGGAAGCCCAGAGGAGAGCCAGCGAGCUGUCUAACCAGGUGAUGAGAGAGAGUCUCAGCCUGGAAACAUCUGACAAGGAAAAACAGCUCAAAGCCUGGGAGUGGAGGUGCAAGCUCUACAAGCGCAUGCGCACCGGCUUCGAGUGUGCACGGCCACCAGAGGCUCCUUCGGCCGUGCGUCUCAGUGUGACCAGCAGCACGUCUCUUACUGUUACCUUUCAGGAACCUGCCAGCAUGAACUCCGCUGUGGUGACCAAAUACAAAGUGGAAUGGAGCUGUCUGAAGGACUUCUCCUUAUUAGCCGGAGAAAUGGUCCUUGAGAAUCUGCUGUCCCUGAAGUGCACAAUAACAGGUCUCACCACGGGAAGACAGUACUAUGUUCAAGUGUCUGCCUACAACAUGAAGGGCUGGGGUUCACCACAACUUUCUCAACCCCCUUCUGCUGUUCCCUCCAACUGGAAGGACUGCAAUGGGAGAGAGAGCAGACGGAGAGGUCACAUCGAGGCCAUGGAGAGACUCUUACAGCAGGUUCGAGCCACACACCAGCACUACGCCUGCGGAGACACAUCGAAGCUGCAAAAUCCCAGUCGCAAACAGUCAGUGUCCCGAAGCCUAAAACAUCUUUUUCACUCCUCUACUAAAUUUGUCAAGAGUCUCAGAAGGGGAGUUUAUAUAGCAUCAGUAUUUUACCAUAAGGACAGUAUGCUAGUGACUAAUGAGGAUCAGAUCCCCAUCGUGGAGGUGGACGACUCAUACAGCAGCUCCCUCAUGCAGGACUUUCUGUGGUUUACCAAGCUGUCUUGUAUGUGGGAGGACGUCCGGUGGCUCAGACAGAGCCUGGCAGUCUCCACCUCAUCCUCUUCCACACUGCAGUCCAGACAGAAGAUGCUGGUGGCUGCUGGCCAACUGCAGAACCUCCUGGGCACCCACAACUUGGGCCGAGUUCACUAUGAGCCCAUUAAGGAUCGUCAUGGCAAUGUGCUGCUUGUUACGGUGAGGGAGAUGGACAGCCUCUAUUCCUUUUUCAAUGGGAAGUGGAUGCAGGUAUCCAAACUGCAGAGUCAGAGAAAGUCUCUUUCCACCCCUGAGGAACCUUAUGCCCUAGACAUCCUCCUGAUCACCAUACAGGACAUUCUGGCUUACCAGAGACGCAGUCAGCACCGGCUGUCCUCUGGGCUUUAUCUGGGUUUCCUGAAGCUCAGCAGCUCUGUGGAUCAGAUCAAGGUUCUGGUUCCUCAACGGAUGCCCAACAUGCUCUGCCACACCAAGAUACGAGACAACUGGAAUGUGUCAAGGGAUGAGUGGGAAUGGCUGCAGUCACUGUCUGGCCCUGUGGAGGUGGAAAGAGCAGAUCAGGCUGCAGACUUCCUUCUCUAUUCUGAGCUCAAGACAGCCAUUAAGAGUCUGCUGCACCAGAUCAAUCUACCUCUCCAUCAGGCCAAGCACUUCCGUCUCUACACCCAUGAGGUGCUGGAGCUGGGUCACAAUGUGUCCUUUCUUCUGCUGCUGCCUGCCUCGGACGACGUUUGCUCUGCCCCGGGACAGACCAACCCCUACACACCACACUCGGGGUUCCUCAACCUCCCUCUUCAAAUGUUUGAGCUCGUUCACUUCUGUUCAUAUAAGGAAAAAUUUAUCAGUCUGUACUGCCGGCUGUCUUCAGUGCUGGAUCUGGAUGCCCUGAUCACCCAGCAGGCUUUUAGAGAAGCUAUCACUGACUCUGAGGUGUCCACGGCCAAACAGAGACACCAGCACAUAUUGGACUAUAUCCAGCAAUUGGACGAGAUGUGGCGAGACGUCCGCUGGAUCACAAAUGCCCUGCAGUAUGCACGCUAUAAACAGGCUCACGGUUGGGUGCCUAUUACCUGGCUAGUAGAUGUCAGCAUGGAGCCUCCUGUCCAGAAGAAUGACUCCACAUCCUCUAACACAGACUAUGUGCUCUCUCCCUCUCCAGAAUUGAGAAGAAAGGCCACAGUUGAGUCCCAGCCAGGUUCUGAUGAAGAGGGCUGCUCUGAGGUCUUCCUUCCCACAGACAGUGACUAUGACUCAAGUGACGCUCUGAGUCCUCGUGACCUGGACUUGGUUUACUCUUCAGCCCAGGAUCUCUCCCAUCAGACCGCACAUGUCUUCAGUGGUAGCGCCCCAGAUGUUCUCCAGAUGCAAGAUCUUAAGUACAGCGCUUGCUCCAAGUCCAUCCUGGAGACCGAAUCAUGCACCAAGGAUCUGGAGGACUUGUCAUUGUCCUCAUAUUCUGUGAAGGCCACAGACAAACCUUCUCAUUCCAAGUUCCUGGCCGAUCUACCAACAAAGCGCAAGCUGCUUUCCAAAAGCGAUCCCCAGAGGAGUUAUUUCGGUGGACCACAUCGCUGGCUGCGUGUACAGAGCGAGAGCCACACGCUUUCGCUGUCUGAAGGCAUUUACACCAGACAGAGUGAUAUUGACCUCCCGUUGGAGAUGCCACUCUCCCUACCACAUUCUCCCACUACCUCCUACAGUUUGGAUGAGUACAGGCCGACCUACAGGGAGAGUAAGCCCAACGUCCACAGGAUCUUUGUGGAGUCUUGCAGCAAGACUUCACCCAGCCGAGAUGUUCCACACUGGGAUAAAGAGGAGGAGAAUGGGAUGAGAGGAGUUGGUGCCGCAGUGGCCAGAUCGGGGUAUGGCACAACAGGAGAAGCUCAGGAUGUAGACUCAGACGAGAUAACGAAUGAACAGGUCUCAGAGGUCCUCAGCAGCACUCUUUAGAAUGAUCUGAGUGUUCCAUCAUGAAGACUUGUGGUUUUAUUACCACCUAAAUUGCCUCCAAAACUAUACCCCUCCUCUCCAUCUGCACACAUUAUAACAACUCACUGUUGUAAUGAGUGGAUACUUAGCCUAAUCAAUUCUUGCAUCCUUUCUGCAGACAGUGGAAGAGGAUGAAGUUGCUGGUCAACUCUGUGGAACUCAUAAACCAUGGCUCUGACUGUUAAAAUGUUGAUUAUCAAUGCAACGUGAAAUAAAGCACUGCUUUUCCUCAGAACUUGAAAUUGCCUCAGCCAAUAGAGCGCAACAGUGACUGCCCACCUUUUCAGCGGCCUUGUUUACAAAACCAGUUUAUCCCUUUUAUUUUCCCUAUAGGCAUUUACAUUUAUUCAGUACAGAAUUCUUAGGGGAUGUUCACACCGAAUGCGUGUGAGCCGUCUGAGCUGUUUUUCGAAUGUAAAGAGUUGCGGUAAACGGAUGUCUUUGACCGUGAGUUGCGCUGUUUUUUUCAGCGUCUCUCGCAAGAGCACUCCAUUUUAAGGUGCCAUGUCAAGUUAAAAGAACUUCCAGUUUUAGGCCACGUCCACACUAAUACAUUUUAGUUUAAAAACUUUUCCUAGCGAGUUUUUCAGAGUAUUUAGUUAUGGAGAUCAGAAAGUCUCUGGGUUUUGUAGAGGAAAAUGCUGUUCUAGUGUGAACGAGAGGCGUAAACGUAGCAAAAUAAAUGCAUUUUUAAACGUGUUAGUGUGGACGUGGCCACAUUAAAAAUGAGUCUUGAGACACCUGCAUUCUGUUACAUUCGAUGCUCUGCAUCUAGCUUUUUUUUAAAGCCAGAACACUUAAGUCUGAACGGCCCCUAAACCAAACUUAACUACUAUAGCUCCAAGAUGAAUCACAACAUUACAACCGUUGAUCUAAAGUAAAGUAGUAUUUAAAUGAACUGCUUAUCCCACAAAGCAUUGCAAAUGACACAAUCGAAUCAUAAUCAUCAUAAUUUAUUCAUGUAAUUUAUUUAAAAGUUAUUGCAAAAUAUUCAAAUAUAGAGUAAUGUGCAAAAGUUUUAUGUAGUUGUGAAAAAUGUUGUAUAGUGGGGAUAUUAUUCAUGCCAUUAAUAAUUUUUAUUUAUCAGUUUACUUCAUACAAAGUGCAGUAAACAACCAAUUCUCCUAGGUACACUUUUUUCAAGAUUGUUGGCAGAUAGAUGUUCCUAGCAUCUUGGACAACUUGUUCUAUGUAUCUAGGCUGUCUCAAUUGCUGUCUCUGUGUAUUCCCAGACUGACUCAAUGAUAUUGAGAUGCGGGCUCUGUAGGGGCCAAACCAUCUGUUUUAGGACUACUUGGUCUACUUUUGUUCUAUUGCAAAAAGCCUGUUUGGAAAUCAAAAACUGAUAUUUCCUAUUGACACACUAAAGUAGAUGUAAAAUAACCACCUCAAGACAAAUGUUUUUGUGAAACAUCUAAUGUGCCUAAAACUUUUGCACAGUACUGUAUGCAAAUGCUUGAUCUAUAUUUCAGUGCUUGAUGAGAUUGGGUGGUCACAGUCACUGCUGAACUCUAUGCACUCUGUUUGAUGAAGAACUCUUAAGAAUUGUAGAUAGUGAAUUAUACUUUUUGAAAUCAUGUUGAAAUCAUGCUUCAGAAGCAUACAUCAUUGGCAUUUAUCAUUAACAAUCUCAGAGCUCCUGAUAGGCUUGUCUCGAAAGGUUAACAUAUAUUCACUAAAACCAUUUUCUCCAUGGAGAAAAUGAAUGGGAUUUUUCACUUUUGAAACUCUACUGUUGUUCUUAUUGUGGUGUUGAAGGUCAAGAGUGGAAUUAAGUGAAUUGGCAGCCAGUCAAAAUUCAGUUUGAAGUAUAUGUGUUUACUUGCAUUUACACAUUGAUUUAUUAGCUAAUUUCACUGCCCAUUUAGAAUCGUUUGCUGAACUAUUGAAGUAUGAACAGUCAUGAUCCCCUUCAAACUGCACCUGUUUCUAACUGAUUGUUUUUCAGUGUAUGCAUGGAAGAAUGUCCCAUUAUUAGAGACUGCAGUAAGAUUUACAUGUCUGCUUUGUUACAAAACAUAAGAGCCUCAAUUAAAAAUUUAGUUCUAUCAGGAAGACUCGUAGACUUGAGUGAAAUUUAAGAUGACAUUUAUUUGAUGAAUAUAAAACAGAAAUGUAAUGUCUCUCUCUGGAGUAAGCCCUGUCUGGCAGUCCGAAGAAGUUGUACUUGGAACUGUCAUAUCCUGCUGGAGAUAGGAGACAGGGGCGAGGAGCCUACCCCCGUGCAGGACGGGACUUAACUGGUGGUGGUGGGGUGGUGGAGGUUGCCGCGUUAGCACACUGAAACAGCAAUGUGAUAGAUUGUGAGCAGACUUAUAAAGCAAUGGCUUACAUGUGAUUGGCUAGGAGUUACCUAGCUAAUCGUGCAGUGAUGUACAGCUGCUAGUCUUCCCGCUAGAACUACACUGCGCUUACAUUUCCAGGGUAAGAGUGUGUGACAUUUGUUCCACAACUCUACAACAAUCACAAUUAAUUUCAUUGAAGAAAAAUACUUUGAACUGUGCAUUGUUUACCUAUUGACAGUGAUUUGUGGUUUGUGAUUGUUCACAUUUGAAGAUUUAUUGCAGUUGAUUUGUUUUUUGUUUUUCCUAUUUAUGCUGGAUAACACACUAUUAUAAGAGGAAAUGAAAACCACUUUUGUUUUACAGGUUGGAGGGCAAGAGAAAACUGCACUUUUAAAUGGAUUUGCAUCCCACACUUUUUACUGUAAUAGGAAUAAGUUUAAUAUCUGGAUUGUUUGUAAUGGACCACUUUAGACCUUUUUGCAGAGAAAGGUGCAACUUUAUUUGUUUUAAUGCACAAAUUUGUACCACUUUAUAUAGAAAAAUAUUUAUGAGUGUUUGGAUGAUUUAAUUGGGUUCGUUUUGUAAAAUGAUUAAAAUCACAAUACUGGUUCUGUCAAUAAAGCCAUAAAUAUUUGAAAAGAAAGGGAAGUUAUGGGACAAAAAGUAGUGUAUUUAUUCACUAAUCUAUACUAUUUUAAUUUUGCAAUUACUAUUACCCAAUUAAGUGUGAAUAUAGUUAUAUGUGUUCACAGUAAUCCAAAUUUAUGCCCUGGGAACUGAAACAGUUAUUUUCCCAAAUGAAAAGGGCAUCUUACGCAAGCAACAUUAUGAAUGUCUGUUGCAGUGUUUCAACAAUUUGUUGAUGUUUGUGGUGUAUUUUUGUUUUAUUUUUAAGACAACUGGACUUUUCUGCUUCAAACGAUUGUAUGUUCUGUCAUCUUCCUGGUUAAUGUACAGUAAUGCCAGCUGGUGCUUAAGAUCCAGUGGGCAAAAAUGCACUGCUCUGACACACUGGUGUGUGUGUGUGUGUGAGUGUGCGUGCGCGUGCGUGCGUGUGUUGGGGCUCAGUUCUUACAGUAUGCGUUCAACACAAUCCCACAAGGAUGAGGUAUUAUACAAGAUUCCACCUAAUUUAUUCCAGUUAAAUCAUUGAAAUGUUUGUGACUGCCAUUCCAGUUAGGGUAUUAUUAUAAGGUGUUAAGUUAUGAAUAUAUUUGUCUUGAUACCUUUAUACUGUGUAAAUUGCAAGCCAAAACAUUUAAAAACCAUCAUAUCUGUAUAUUUUUGCAUUAUGCAUUUAUUGAUCCAAAUAAUAUAUUUGAGUAUUGUAUUGUUGAUGGUUGUUCCCAUGUCAGAUGAGUUAUGUUGUACAACCCCAAUUCUGAAAAAGUUGGGACAGUAUGAAAAAUGCUAAUAAAAACAAAAAGGAGUGAUUUGUAAAUUAUA